GAAUCAUUUACCAGAUGUGUGGCUUGAGUGUCCGUUCCCGCAACAAAAACGCUCUGCAGUAAGGCUCCGAGAAGGCUGUGUUUGUGUUGGACUGCUCUAGACCCACACCUCUCCUGGACAAAGAGUUUUUCCUCAGCCUUCACCACCCAUGGAGGAGGUGUAAUAACCUCUAUUCUCAGAAAGGAGACUGGGACCCAACCAAGGCAAGUCAUUUGCUCGAGACCACAGAGCAAAGAUUGACAAUUCUGUCAUUCCAGAAAUAUUUGUCGAGUGCCCCUGAUGUGUCAGGUAGACGCACCCUCUGAAGAUGGUGACUCCCUCCUGAGAAGCUGGACCCCUUGGUAAAAGACAAGGCCUUCUCCAAGGAGAAUAUGAAAGUGUUACUCCGACUUAUUUGUUUCAUUGCUCUACUGAUUUCUUUUCUGGAGGCUGAUAAAUGCAAUGAACGUGAAGAAAAAAUAAUUUUAGUGUCAUCUGCAAAUGAAAUUGAUGUUCGUCCCUGUCCUCUUAACCCAAAUGAAUACAAAGGCACUAUAACAUGGUAUAAAAAUGACAGCAAGACAUCUAUAUCUACAGAACAAGCCUCCAGGAUUCAUCAGCACAAAAAGAAACUUUGGUUUGUUCCUGCUAAGGUAGAAGAUUCAGGACAUUACUACUGUGUGGUAAGAAAUUCAUCUUACUGCCUCAGAAUUAAAAUAACUGCAAAAUUUGUGGAGAAUGAGCCUAACUUGUGUUAUAAUGCAGAAGCCAUAUUUAAGCAGAGACUACCCGUUGCAGGAGAUGGAGGACUUGUGUGCCCUUAUAUGGAGUUUUUUAAAGACGAAAAUAAUGAGUUACCUAAAUUACAGUGGUAUAAGGAUUGCAAACCUCUACUUCUUGACAAUAUACACUUUAGUGGAGUCAAAAAUAGGCUCAUCGUGAUGAAUGUGGCUGAAAAGCAUAGAGGGAACUAUACUUGUCAUGCAUCCUACACAUACUUGGGCAAGCAAUAUCCUAUUACCCGGGUAAUAGAAUUUAUUACUCUAGAGGAAAACAAACCCACAAGGCCUGUGAUUGUGAGCCCAGCUAAUGAGACAAUAGAAGUAGACUUGGGAUCCCAGAUACAACUGAUCUGUAAUGUCACUGGCCAGUUGAGUGACACUGCCUACUGGAAGUGGAAUGGGUCCUUCAUUGAUGAAGAUGACCCAGUGCUAGGGGAAGACUAUUACAGUGUGGAAAAUCCUGCAAACAAAAGAAGGAGUACCCUCAUCACAGUGCUUAAUAUAUCAGAAACUGAAAGUAGAUUUUAUAAACAUCCAUUUACCUGUUUAGCCAGGAAUACAUAUGGUAUGGAUGCAGCAUAUGUCCAGUUAAUAUAUCCAGUCACUAAAUUCCAGAAGCACAUGAUUGGUAUAUGUGUCACAUUGACAGUCAUAAUUAUGUGUUCUGUUUUCAUCUAUAAAAUCUUCAAGGUUGACAUUGUGCUUUGGUACAGGGAUUCCUGCUAUGAUUUUCUCCCAAUAAAAGCUUCAGAUGGAAAGACCUAUGACGCAUAUAUACUGUAUCCAAAGACCGCUGGGGAAGGGUCUACCUCUGACUGUGAUAUUUUUGUGUUUAAAGUCUUGCCUGAGGUCUUGGAAAAACAGUGUGGAUAUAAGCUGUUCAUUUUUGGAAGGGAUGACUACGUUGGGGAAGACAUUGUUGAGGUCAUUAAUGAAAACGUAAAGAAAAGCAGAAGACUGAUUAUCAUUUUAGUCAGAGAAAUAUCAGGCUUCAGCUGGCUGGGUGGUUCAUCUGAAGAGCAAAUAGCCAUGUAUAAUGCUCUUGUUCAGGAUGGAAUUAAAGUUGUCCUGCUUGAGCUGGAGAAAAUCCAAGACUAUGAGAAAAUGCCAGAAUCAAUUAAAUUCAUUAAGCAGAAACAUGGGGUUAUCCGCUGGUCAGGGGACUUUACACAGGGGCCACAGUCUGCAAAGACAAGGUUCUGGAAGAAUGUCAGGUACCACAUGCCAGUCCAGCGACGGUCACCUUCAUCUAAACACCAGUUACUGUCACCGGCCACUAAGGAAAAACUGCAAAGAGAGGCUCAUGUGCCUCUCGGGUAGCAUGGAGAAGUUGCCAGGAGUUCUUUGGGUGCCUCCUAUCUUAUGGCGUUGCAGGCCAGGCUGUGCCUCAUGCUGACUUGUAGAGUUCAUGGAAUGUAACUGUAUCAUCCUUUAUCCCUGAGGUCACCUGGAAUCAGGAAUCAGAUUGUUAAGGGAAUAAGCCAUGAUGUCAAUAGCAGCCCAGGGCGCUUCGCAGGAGAGGGCUUGGGAAGAUCUUUUAGAAAGGCAAUAGGCUGGGUGUGGUGGCUCACAACUAUAAUCCCAGCACUUUGGGAGGCUGAAGUGGGUGGAUCACCAAAGGUCAGGAGUUCGAGACCAGCCCGGCCAACAUGGCAAAACCUCAUCUCUACUAAAAAUAAAAAAUUAGCUGGGCAUGGUGGUGCACGCCUGUAAUCCCAGCUACAUGGGAGGCUGAGGCAGGAGAAUUGCUUGAACCCGGGAGACGGAGGUUGACUCCAGGCUGGGCAACAGAGCAAGAUUCUGUCUCAAAAAAAGAGCAAUAAAUGCCCUCUCUGAAUGUUUGAACUGCCAAGAAAAGGCAUGGAGACAGCAAACUAGAGGAAAGGGCAUGCAGGAAAUGGCCACCAUCUAUAGAUGGCUUUGUUAAGUCAUCCACAGCCCAAGGGCGGGGCUGUGCCUUGUCUGGGGAUCCCGUGGAGUCACUGGCCCUGGAGCGGCUCUCCUGAGAGGUGCUGCAGGUGAAGUGAGACUGACACCUCACUGAGGAAGGGAGAUGUAUUCUUGGAGAACUUUCCAUCUGCUUGCAUUUUCCAUACACAUCCCCAAGCAGAAGUUAGUUUCCGAAGACCGAAUUUUAUUUUACAUAUGUUGAAAGCUCACUUCACUGAACAAAGGCAUUCUCCGGUAUUCCAAGGCUUUGAAGUCAUCUUAGCUUUCCACAGGAGAGACAGAACUUAAAAAGCAGCAGUAGCAGGGAAUUGAUCCACUUCUUAAUGCUUUCCUCCCUGGCAUGACCAUCCUGUCCUUUGUUAUUAUUCUGCAUUUUACAUCUUCGGAGGGACAGCUCCCUAACGGCUUCGUCCCUCCGCAACGUCCCUUGCAUAGCCCACACAUGAACCGUCCUUUCUGUGAUGCUGCUCUUCUGUCAUCCGGCUCCUGCUCAAACACUUCCCGCAGGCUCCACCUGUUGGAGCUGAAGCCCAUGCUCUCCCACCAGCACGUCACUCCCAGCCCGCCUCCCUGCCCUGUCCUCCAGCCUCCCCUUGCUGUCCCGCUGUGUGAAUUCCCAGGUUGGCCUGGUGGCCAUGGCGCCUGCCCCCAGCACUCCUCUGUCUGUGCUCUUGCCUGCCCCCCUUCCUCCUCCUUUGCCUAAAAGGCCUUCUCUUACUUUCUCCAGCUGAUCAGAAUUUUACCGAAAUUCAGAACAUCCUCCAAUUCCACAGUCUCCAGGAGACUUUCUUUCCCUAAGAGGCGACUCCCUCUCCAGCCCUCUCUCUCCGGUCAGGCCCACGGCAGUGACGGCAGUGAGCACGUCAGGGAGGCUGGUCUCCCUCCAGCUGGAAUCGCUGCUGUCUGAGGGAGAGGCUGUGGGUGGCUGUCUCUGUCCCUCACUGCCUUCCAGGAGCAAUUUGCACAUGUAACAUAGAUUUAUAUAGUGCUUUAUGUUUAAAAACAUUCCCCAGUUAUCUUAUUUAAUUUUUGCAAUUAUUUUAAUUUUAUAUAUAGAGAAAGUGACCUAUUUUUUUAAAAAAUCACACUCUAAGUUCUGUUGAACCCAGGACUUGAGCCUCAUUUCUGGCUUUAGUCUGGUGUUCUGAGUACUUGAUUUCAGGUCAAUCAUGGUCCCCCCUCACUCCACACUGGCACAUUUGUGAGAAGAAAUGACAUUUUGCUAGGAAGCGACCGAGUCUAGCAAUGCUUUUAUUCAAGACACCAAAUUCCGAACUUCUGAAUGUUGGAAUUUUCAAAAAUUAUAUUUAGAUUUUAUGAAAAACUCUUCUACUUUCAUAUAUUCUUUCCCUAGAGGCAAACAUUUCUUAAAAUGUUUCAUUUUCAUUAAAAAU